CUGCUCCUGAUUCUCUUCCCGCUUCUUCUACCCACUGCUUCCCGAAGCUCAGAGAGACGUCUGGGACAGAGACGGAGACCAUGGCUUUCCACAACCUCUGUCUGCAGGUUCUACUGCUAACGGUCUUCCUCUCCUACUGCGCUCACUCAGAUGGCGCAGGGGAGAACAAGCUCCACAGACUACUGAAGAAAAGAGAUGUGGGCGGAGGUACGAAGCCUGCAGGGGUGGCUGUGACCCCCUCCAAGGCCAAAGAGUUCCUGACCUCCCUACGGAGGCCCAAGAGGAACAUCUGGGACCGCAGCAGGCCAGAUGUGCAGCAAUGGAUCAUGCAGUUUAUGCACAUGGGUUAUGACGAGGCGAGGCUUGAGACUGACCUGUCCUACUGGAUGGACCUGGCCAGGUCGUCAGACCAAGGUCGCCAGCACCAUUAUGACGAGAACGCCCCCAUCGGGCCCCAGGACCCCGAUUCCUACAGACACGGCGCCAAUGUCAAUUAUGACUACUAUUAAUUGGCCCACUGUGAUUUACUCAGCUUCUCUGGCUCAACAUAAAAAUCACAUGUGCGUAAAGGGAUGGUUCUGAUAUUUUACAUAUUAAGAUAUGUGUUCCCUUCCUGAAGACUACUUCAAAGGAAGGAAACAAAUAUGUUGUGUAAAAUCGCUGAACUGUCCCAAUCACAUAAGUGCUUCCCUCUUCUGCCUUCUGCAACUUAUCCCUCUGAUGCUAUUCUGCACACCUACAGUAAUGUAGCCUUCUCUGUAGUGCAAGAAAUAGAGCUAAGACAUGCUUGUCACAGACUAUGGAUUGGGUUUCACUGUCUCUACAUUGUAUCCUUUGCUGUCUGGGAGAUUGAGACCUGCUGAUGUACAUGCUGUGAUGGGACCCACAAUGCAUUGGGUUGAUCUGUCUGAAUAACUAAAUAAAGACCGUCAAAACCUUU